UUUAGUUCGAGGAUUAAAAAGAGGGACAAAAGUCAUAUGCAACCAAUGUAUUCGUAAAGUGGCAAUGGCUGGGCUGAAUGUGAUGGAAUGACGAAUGGGGGAACUCUCAGAGACCAAGCAGGCUUCUUGGUGAAGAGACCAGACACGAGACGGGGCACGCCCGAGCAAAAGACUGGGCUUGGACGGACAGAAGAGGGCAGCUGGGCAGCAGACCUUUCCUUUCCUCUCCUCUCCUCUCCUCUCUUCCUUGGACUUUGCCCGAACUGGUGCUUGCUGUUGCAACUGCUCCUGCUGUUGCUGCUGCUCUUGCUGAUGGGGCCGCUGGUAAGGACUGGGGAGAGCUUGUUACUUGGCUGGGCUGGCUGGCUGACGCCGGUGCUGGUAGCUUUUUGCCGGCGCCGUUGCUGGAGCGGUACCUUGCGGUACCUAUCCGAACUGGGCCAUCGAGUGGCAGGGCAAGGGAGCAUGAGCCGGGACCUUUGGGACCACCAGAUCAGACCAGGAGGGAUGGGACGGCCAGGGCUGGUUGGUUUGGGCUGGAGGAAAAAGUCAAGGGUCGGUCAAGGACUCAAGGGUGAAGGGGUAGGCAGAGGGAGGGGUGCCAGGGUGGAAGGGGGUGUGAAUUGACCAGACAUGGACAAAGUGUGGUGUGUGCCCGGGUUAGAGGGUGCGUUGCGUUCUGGGUUUCUUCCUGCUUCCCCUAGCUUUUUGAUGGUCAAUUGGUUAAGGUAUAUCCUUAUGGGACCCCGGGGACAGCGUGCCGUGCGUCUCUUCCGUUCUUGAGGGUUGAGUUGAGUUGA